CUCGAGAUCCUACAAAGGAGUGACCGACCCGAGUGUGAUCAUCUCUCUCUCUCCCACACACACACUCACACACACACACACUCACACACACACUGGAUCUCCAGAUCAGGCAUCUUCGUACAAUAGAGGUGAUAAAAUGUCGAGGACGAGGAGUUCAUCACUAACAUCGGCUAGGUGAGAAAAAAGAAACGUCUACAAUCGACGCUAGGGGUGCAAGCAGUGCCGCCUAAAAAAACACUAUCUUGGACUGCGGGUUUGUGCAGCUUAAUAUGGACAGCUGCCAAUGACUGAACCGUACAUCUGGGGCAAUGGAAGUGUGAACAAGUCAGAGCAAGGCUAGUGACAACAUGGCUGCCCAUCGCAUUCGAGUGACCAACAACAACAACGUCCUCCCGCGAUGCAAGUCAGAAGGCACGCUGAUCGACCUCAGUGAGGAUGUGUCCGAGGCCAGUCUUACAGACGUCAAAGUGCCUUCCCCCAGUGCCUUGCGGUUGGACACCACUGCAUCUUUUGGGACUGCACAGGAAGUAGUCGCCAUCAAGGACUACUGCCCCUCCAGCUUCACCACAUUAAAGUUCUCCAAAGGAGAUCGCCUCUACGUGUUGGAUACAUCCGGAGGAGACUGGUGGUAUGCUCACAACAACACCGAGAUGGGAUACAUUCCCUCUUCGUAUGUCCAACCUGUUGGCUAUCGGGACUCUUAUCUCAGUGACAGCGGAAUGAUCGAUAACCUAGGGGACUCCUCGGACGAAGGAGUGAAGGAGUUAGAUCUGCUGGGAGAGUGGACUGGAAUGUCCCUAAAGCUCCCUCCAACUUACAACAGCAAAAACAACCCCUUUGCUACAAAUCCGUUUCUCAACGGGACGGUGCAGAACCAGCUACAAGACCAGAACACCAACCAACACAACAGCAUUGACCUGCUUUUGUUCGACUCUCUGACUCCUUCUGCUCCUGUCUCCACUACCAGCAGCAACAGCACCAGUAACGGAUACGGCAGUAGCAUUUUUGACGGCACGCCCACCAGCCCUAAUGUAGAAACCUUGCAAGAAUUUCGCAAGGAUAACCCAUUUUUCCGGAGUAAAAGAUCCUACAGUUUGUCAGAGUUAUCUGUCCUACAGUCUCAGUCAGCUCCUCCUUUGCCACCAUCCAAGUUCUUUACAGGUCUUAAGGCACCUUCUCCAGAGCAGUUUAAGAGCAGAGAGGACUUCAGGACAGCAUGGUUAAACCAUAGGAAGUUGGCACGCUCGUGCCAUGACCUUGAUUCCUUGGGACAGAACCCAGGCUGGGGCCAAACACAACCAGUUGAGACUAAUAUUGUUUGUAAGCUGGACAGUUGUGGUGGUGCAGUUCAACUGCCGGACACUAGCAUCAGUAUUCACGUUCCUGAGGGUCAUGUUGCAGCAGGAGACACCCAGCAAAUCUCCAUGAAGGCUUUACUGGAUCCUCCACUGGAACUAAAUAAUGAUAGAUGUACUACAGUCAGUCCUGUAGUCGAGAUCAAACUGAGUAACAUGGAGAUAAAGUCAUUCAUAACUUUGGAGAUGAAGGUAUCUGUGGAGGUGAAGAAAGAGAGCAGACAAAUGACAAAGGUUGUAUGUGUGAGGAGUGACAGUAAAGAUGGCCCAUACGUCCCGGUUCCCCAGGCUUACAUAUACGGUGACACAGUUCAGCUUCAGCUGGACAGCCUGGAACCUUGUAUGUAUGUCGCAGUUGUGGUCCAGUCCCACAACAUCUCCUUUAAUUUAACAGUUUGGGAUCAAGUGGUGAAGAAAAUCACGUUGGGCCUGUACGGACCCAAGCACAUUCAUCCAUCCUUUAAGACCGUGGUGGCUGUUUUUGGACAUGACUGCGCUCCGAAAACAUUGCUUGUCAGUGAAGUCGGGAAACAAGCUCAGUCUGCACCGCCUGUCGCGCUCCAGCUGUGGGGAAAGCACCAGUUUGUCCUCAACAGGCCUCAAGACCUUCAAAUAGGCAUGUACUCGAACAUGAGCAACUACGAGGUGAAAACAAACGAUCAGGCCAGGGUGGUCCGGGGCUUUCAGGUAAAACUCGGCAAGGUGAGUCGGCUCAUAUACGUCAUCACGUCUCGAAAUGCGCAAGAGCUGUCCGACUUCACCUUACGGGUUCAGGUGAAGGACGAUCAGGAUUGCAUCCUUGCUCAAUUCUGCGUCCAGACGCCACAGCCACCUCCUAAAACUGGAACCAGAGCCAACGGCCAGCGGAGGUUCCUGAAGAAGAAGGAAGUAGGGAAAAUCCUGUUGUCCCCCUUAGCCAUCACGACUAAAUACCCGCAGUUCCAAGAGCGCUGCAUCACCAACUUAAAAUUUGGUAAACUGAUCAAGACGGUGAUAAGGCAAACAAAGAACCAGUAUUUGCUGGAAUAUAAGAAGGGUGACGUCAUCGCCUUGCUAAGCGAGGAGAAGAUCAAAUUGAAAGGACAAUUGUGGACCAAAGAGUGGUACAUCGGUUACUAUCAGGGAAAGACCGGGCUUGUGCACGUGAAGAAUGUGCUCGUCUUGGGAAAAGUAAAGCCCAUAUACUUUUGCGGGCCAGACCUCACGACCACAAUGCUGCUGGAGCAAAUUCUCAAGCCCUGCAAGUUCCUUACCUACAUUUAUGCCUCUGUGAGGACCGUACUAAUGGAGAACUUGGGAAACUGGAGGGCGUUUGCAGAUGCCCUGGGUUAUGGAAAUCUGCCCUUGACUUACUUCUGCAGGGCAGAUUUGGAUAGUGAGCCCGAGCGAGUGGCUUCUGUGCUGGAGAAACUCAAAGAGGAUUGCAACAACAUGGAAAUGAAGGAGAAGAAAUCUUUUCAGAAGGAGCUCAUGAUGGCUCUGCUGAAGAUGGACUGUCAGGGUUUGGUGGUGCGUCUCAUGCUGGAUUUCGUCCUCUUGACGACGGCGGUGGAAGUGGCUCCUCGCUGGAGGGAACUGGCCGAGAAACUCGCUCGCGUCUCCAGGCAGCAGAUGGACGAUUACGAAGCUCCGCACAGAGACCGAAACGGAGUGAUGGACGCGGAGGCCAUGUGGAAGCCGGCGUACGACUUCCUGCUGACGUGGGCGGCUCAGAUCGGCGACAGCUACCGCGACGUGAUCCAGGAGCUCCAGCUGGGCCUGGACCGCAUGAAGAACCCCAUCACCAAGCGCUGGAAACAUCUCACAGGCACACUCAUCCUCGUCAACUGCCUCGACAUGCUGCGGAGCUCCGCCUUCAGCCCCGCCUCUCACGACGACUUCGCCAUCUAGAACGGAACGACGCGGCGAUCAUCUCCGUCCGACCGCGUUCAGGGCGGGGUAUUACGGACCGUUUUGCAUGUUUUACCUCAGUAGGAUCUGUGAGCAGAUUGUUUUUCCAAUGUGCCCUUCCUCACAGUUUGACCUUUGACCUCUUCUGUACGUCCGUCCAUCGCAGUUUGAGUAUUCUAAUGAUCUGCGUAGUUUGUCCCUAGUCGUCUCCUCUGGAAGCCAAAACACUCUCGCUGGUUCACUGUCGCCAUUUUCGAUGUUUUUGUCGGCGCAUUUACUUUUUAUACAAUUUUUAGAAUCAGCUGUAAAUUAUUUUCUUUCAGUAGCUGAUUAAAAAAACGUUACUUAAUGUCUACUAACACGUAUCGACUCGUCACCUCGUCCCUUUAUCUCAUCAUGUAAUGGUUACUGUAAAGCGUUUGUCCUUUAAUAAAGUCAAAAUCUGCUCUGCUUUAUUAACACAAAUGGACAAUCAGUGAACGAGGUAGAAACAUAGAAAUUAUGCUAGGAUUGCGCUAGUUGUGAGUUAGCGAGCCGUCUGGACUUUACGCUUUACGUGUGUUACACGUCUUUUUAAAAAUGUCAGUGUCACAUGUUUCUGAAAGUGAUCAAUUCAAUUGUUGUUAAAUUUUUUUUUUUUUUUUUUUUGUUUACAUUUUUUCAGUCAGAAAAAAAAGAGUCUAAGGCUACUUACAGCAGACCGUCUAUCUAAUCACAAUCGCUGUCCAAAACCACUGAAACUCCUCCUACAGUCAGAGCUACAAUGCUAAUGCUAACGCUAAUGCUGAGGAGAGUUCCUCUGAGCAGCUUCACACGCGUUAAGGUCGAUUAGCCAUGUUUUCUCCGCUGUAUGAAAUGUUUGUCUUUGGAUUGUAAAAGUUGUAAAAUCCUCUACGGUUGCUGUCUUUUUUACGCCGUGUGCGCUACGUAACGGUUAGAGCUGUGCGAUGUUGAUUUUUUUUUCCUCCCUGCUCACGAGUUACCAUUAAAAAAAUAUCACGAUAAACGAUUUAAUCGUCCAGAACCGGAAACAAGGAAAACAUUUAUUUCCACCAUUUCAUUAUUACGUACGUGUUAGCUAAGUCGAGCACAUUGAUUUCUUUUCCGAUUUCACAUUAAUGAACUCAAAACAUUCUCCGUUUACUGGGACGGAAAGCGAGAGCGAGCGUGAGAGAACACGUGAGACGGAGGAAGGGGGCGGGGCUUCCAGGAAGCGUCCGUUAAUAUCGUAGAGCUCAAAUCAUUCCCGAUUCACGCAUGGAUUGACUCGUCUCCUGUUCUGUCGGAGAGAAAGAAGACCGCUCUUAUCGUAAUUUUGAGUGAUAACUCGUACUAGCGUAACUCCGAUGUUUAAACGCAAAAUGCGCAAAAGUUUUUAAAGAUUGGUCAUCUAAUCUAAUCUAAUCUAAUCUAAUCUAAUGAGAGUAAACAUCACUGGAUAUCGUGACAGUGUAAUAUCGUGUAGAGGCGAUUAAAUCGUUAUAUCACACGACUGUACCGCUAGCUAAAGGACACGUUACACCAACGCCUCAAUAUCUCUUUACCUGUUUCUCAGUGUUCAACCUGGCGUGGUGCAUUAUGGGUAAUACACACUCGCUCACACGCUGAUCGGAAGUAACCACUACGCGUCUUAUUAGAACCAAAUCCUCCAGAACACUAACGAGUGAUAAAUUGUAGCCUGAAGGAAAAAUCGAUAAAGUGCUUUAAUUGCCAAAUACUGAUCCGUGUUAAGUGUUAAGUGUUAAGUUGCAGUAUUAUUCAUGAUCAAGUUCUGUCCUUUAUUUUUCUUUUUCUUUUUUUUUUUACUUGAAUGUUUCUAUUUAUAUCUAAUCGCUAGCUGUGUUUAGACGAGCGUCCUCCUCACAUUGCCGACGAUUUCACGCUAAACGAAUGUUGUGUUUUUUUAGUGUGUAGUGUUAAUCUCCACACACUUCACACUGCUCUGCUGAGUCUGACUGUGUAUCUGUGCGUUCUCGCUCCGAUCUCACUUCUGUCACCUUUACAGAGGGAUUGUGGGAAAUUUUAGGCUCUCACACACGUCAUAGUUUCAGUCACGUGUUUAGAGAAUCUGUCGAAUCAGACGUGCUGUACAUUUUGUUCGAUUCGAGUCAAUAAAUGCGCUGUCAGUUUGGAAA